AUGGUAUGGGAUUACUAUAAUGACAAGAACGUGUUCAUCACGGGUGGAACGGGCUUCAUAGGGACCACACUACUAUAUCGAUUGUUAACUCAAUCAUCGCCCCAGAAUGUUUAUGUUUUGAGUCGCGGUGGAUACUCAAAGGCAAAGGCAAAAUGGGCCAACAUGCUUCCAGCUCACCUGGCGAAAGUCCUCUAUGAGAGUAAAUGCAUGACUAUUUUAGAUGGCGAGCUAGGCGACACCGCAACUAUGAGUCUCUCCGAUGAGAAAUUGCAGAUGCUGAAGAGAACUGUCCACAUCGUUAUUCACGCUGCAGCAUCCAUCGAGCUGAAGAACUCGCUCCGCGAGCUAUCGUACACAAUCAUCGCACCCACAUUGUGUCUAACGCAGUAUGCGCUAAAGUUCGCAAAUCUGGAACGCUUCGUAUUUGUUUCCAGCGCAUACGUCAAUUCUCAUCUGUGGAAAACAAGCAAAUCUUCCGACGUUGCUGUCGAGGAGAAGGUAUACCCACUAGGCAGCGCGAACGAAGAUCCAUACUCAUCAGCACUAGAAAUAUGGAAGGAGGUUCAGAAAUCCGGCACCUCAGACGAAUACGAUGCGCAUGAUUUUCCUUGGGCAUACGCCUACGCUAAGCACCUAGCCGAGCGUCUGGCACUGGAAAAGGCUUCACAGAAGAACGCCCUCGAUAAAAUCCUCAUCAUUCGUCCUUCUGUCGUUGGUCCCGCUGAUAAGUUCCCAUACCCUGGUUUCACAACCUCCCACUCGACUCCGUCCACUACAUGUGCUGCGGCCUAUGCCUUACACCCAGGCCGUAAGAUCUAUCUCUCGACUAGAUGCGAGAAUCCAGAACAAGACGCGACCAUCGAUGAAGUACCGGUAGAUGUUGUUGCAGACCGGAUGCUCGUUCAUGUAGCCCUUGGCUCAAGCGGAUGUGUUCAUGCUGUCAGCGGAGAGAAGGGUCGAUUGCGAAUUGAGGAUUGGUGGCAUGCAUUUAAGAAUGAGCGUCGACUACCCUGGGGUGUGAAGCCUGUAUGGACAUCCGAGGACUGGCAUUCGAAAAACCUGCAUCAUAUGGCGCGCAAUUUCAAGAUCAUUGGGACGUCGUUUGCGUUUGCAGAUGAUAAGACUGAUGCCAUAGCCAAGCAGCUUGGUACGGAGAAGGAAGAUUUUCAUCUGUAUGCGGAUCGCUCGAAGCCUUAUCACCAUUCUUUGAUUCAUCGGCGACAUCAUAUCCACAAUGCUGCACGACACCUUGCGAAGAAGAGUCGAUGGCCGAAAUGUUCUGUUGGUCUUCUUUGUCGGAAGGGCAAGCAUCCAACACAAUUGAGUGAGAAAGUCGUGUGA